CUUACUGUCCUUUUCCACUGCCCGCUCCUCCUCGCAGUAAACGACGACGGCGGAGCUUCGGUCGACGGUGCCGUUGCCAUUCUCUUCGCCGGCUGCGCGUUCCCCUCUUCGGUGAGCGCGCCGCCGUCGAACGGAUCGGCCGCGGUACACUUUGCCAUUACUUUGCCCCUCGCGGGGUUGUUCUUCGUCCGAACGGCUCGGCUUGCCGAUGCCCGUUCGGAUCGAGAGGAACUGGCGCGGCCGGUGUGGCGGCGCACUUUGCCGGCGAGCCCGAGGGCCUCCUCCGGUGAUCUUUGUGAUUUUUCUUUUGUUUGUUUGCUUUUUUCUGUGCCCUGUUAGGGUUCUUUGGGGGAGAGGGAUUUUCUUUUUGUUUCUUUGAUGUAUUCUUUUACCGAAAAUCUUCUAGCCCGAUCUGGCUACCUGAUACCAUUGAUGGAACCUUGUAUCGGAGUGGGCUAGGAGAUCCGGUGAACCUACCUUCUCCUGGUGCGGAUGAACCCGAUCCAGCGCCGGCCAUGGUGGUGUGGAGACGGCGGCGAUGUGGACUGAGAUGGUGGCGGCGGAGCUUCCCGUCACUGUCAGCGCUAGACCUAGAUCGGGUCGGGGUUUUCGGUGGGGAGCCUGGCAACGCGGUGAACCUCGUACUGCGUGCCGCCGGCCCCCACCUCUUUAUGUAGCGCUGCGUGACAGGGGCCCGUCAACCAUAUUGUGGUUGGGCGCCCCCGAUCAGGGCGCGGAUCAGGGGUCCGUUGGGCCGUUGGGCCCACACGGGAGAGAUCAACCUAACAGCAGUUAGGGUUUUUUUGUUUAAGUGAAUGUAAUGUAAAAAGUUGUUAUUUAUACGUCUGCGUGAGAUGCUCCGAGACUACCAAACACGCUGUAGCUCCACGCGCCUCCAGGCUCCCGCCCUCCACCGCCGCCGCUUGCCACCUUCGGCGUGGAACUCCGUCCCUCUCCACUGCCGCGCUCCUCUGCCUCUCCCGCCAGUGUCUGGGACAAGGCCUUAAUAAUUAAUGGAGUCAGAUCUGCUCAUCAGACAGGAGGAAGUUGGAGCCGAAAGAGGAGAUGAUUUUCGCAGCAGGUGUUGGGAGAUAUUUAAUUGGGAUGUCUUUGAUCCUGAUGAAUUACUUCCGAGGCGACAAGCAGUGAAAGGAAAAUUGGAUGAGCAAAAAAUCAAUGGUCGACCAAAGGAGGUAAAGAAUCAAGAUCAACAAAAAGCACCAAUAAUGAAAAUUGGCAUGUCUUCCAUUUACCUUACGGCAUGUUGGAGGGCUCCAGAUUCGGACGCGUGCUACAUCUGUGGACAGGACGGUCACUAUGAGCAGUCUUGCCAUUACAAUUAUAUCUAUGGGCGAUAUGGGUUAUAUGACCAACACACUUGUAGAGCAAACUGCCUUCCUGGACCACACACAAUGGCCAUGGCUUGUCGGAACUCUUUGCAGAGUUUCAUACGCGUGAAUAACAUGCCAUCACGCUUCUGUACGUGGGACCUUCGGAAGCUUUUGGAACCAUUCGGACCGCUGCUGAUGUGCCACGUUCCAAUGGGCAGUUCUGAAGUGCGCAGGGGAUAUGGGGUUGUGAUCUUCAAGGAUCGUGGGGAUGGGGAGAGGGCAAUCGAAGCGCUCAAUGGCUAUCUCGUAGGCAAAAGUAAACUGCGAGUUGACUGGGCUUAUGCAAUGGCCCCCGGCGGUAGACCAAGGGAGAAAUGCAAUAUCUCGAAGACAAAGAGGGUUUUCAAGAGCCGGCCUCCGCUGCAAGGGCCGGGGAAACAGCGAGCUCUUGGUUUUCUCUUACCCAAGUUUUGGAGAUUCUACCCCUCCUGUAAUACGCUCUUGCUUAGGAAGAGUAACAACACAGUGCCGAUCAAUGGGGCAGGGGAGGAACGACAAAAAAUGAACGUGGAAAGUAGUGGUGCCAUCAAAACCAGUUGGAGGGAUCCCGACGCUAAAUCCUGCUGGAUCUGCGGAGACGAGGAGCGAGGGCACUCGGAGCCGACGUGCCCUUACAACUACCUAUCUCCCGCCUCAUACGCUCCCUGCAGGACACGGCUGCUCCUCUGGCAACACGAAACCAGUCGCGCAUGUCCGAGGCCUAAAGAUCUCGAUGCGACCAGCUUAAGGCGACUCAAGUUUCUGCGGUGCUUCGUGCGCGUGAAUAACCUGCCGAGGCAUUGUUGCCCGGAGAAGCUUGUCGGCCUGUUCGUCCGGUUCGGGCCGCUGCAGAGCUGGCAUGUCGCCUUUGCUGAUCAUGGCUCCGGUGCCUGCAGCGGCUUCGGCUACAUGGUCUUCCGGCACCGUGCGCAUGCGGAGGAAGCCAUUGACGUGCUCAAUUGCUGCGUCUUUAGUGACCGUAAGCUGCGAGUCGACUGGGCUUAUCCUUGCGCGUAGUGGACGGAAUCGUGAGUUUUGAGGUCGGGCUGGAACUAGAAAUGUGGUCGGUUUUUCUUUUCUCGAAUCUUUUUAUUUUUGAGUUGAAGAACCUGGAUCAGUGAAACGAAAUUUGUUUGGUUGGCACAUGUUACCCGUGUCACCGUGUGGGACCCCGUUGCAGUGUUUGGCCUAAGAUUGUAAAGCACAAAGUAAUCAGAAUAAACUGAAGCUGUUGGAGUAGACAAUGGACUGCCUUGUUCAUUUUGCUUUACUGCAUGGUGUAGUUCAAGUACUCCUCUGCCA